AUGACGGUCCCACGAAACAGCCCCCUGCGGACGUCGACGCCCGCUCGAUCUCCAAGCCUCCGCACCUUGCAUUCGCCCGGAGGCAAGAACCGGGCCGUCCAAGCGGCCAACUCGCUGGUGCUGACCGACUUCGACCGCGCGUGCAUCGCCUACCUCCAAGACUCCGCGCUGGUCGUGCUGCUGGGCAAGCAUUGGCCCUGGUCCGCCAUGUCGUACGCCUACCACAAGAUCGCCGUCAAGGAGCCCAUGGUGAUGAGUAUGCUGCUGGCGAGCACGGCCAGCGAGAUCCGUCGCUCGCAGUUUUAUGAUCAUGACCACCACCAGCCGGGCGCGGUCGAGGCGCUGGCGGAUCUCGGGGGUCGCAUGCAUUACGGACGGGCGCUGGCCGGGCUGCGCGAGGCGUUGCGGCCGGAGGGCGCCACCUCGGCCGAGCAGCUGGAGGCCAUUUUCAUCACCUUGUGGCUGAUGAUCGACUAUGAGAAUCGGUUCGGGAGCGGCACGGCCGCCAUCAACGUGCACAUCCGGGGCAUCGAGAGCUUGCUCUUCAACCAUGUCGUGCCGCUGUUGAAGCCGGGUUCGGAGGCGGCCGCGGCGAUCGCGGAUCGCAGUGGGGGUCGGACCUCAUGGAGGGAGGCGAUGGUUGCCUCUGCGGGCAGCAGCCCACCGCGCCCGACGCCGGCCCCGACUCCUCCCCCCCGGGAGCUCACCAGGGCGACCAGCCAACUCCGACACACCGCAGUGCCACUCUUCCUGCUGUGGACGCUGUACUUCUUCACGCCCGGGGCGCUCUUCUGCGGACCGGGGGCCGCCCGGCUGGACGCCGAUCUGUUUCGCUUCUUCAUCCAGGACGAGGCCGAGCACGCCGGGCUGAGCCUGGCGGAGCUGUACCGCAUUGGCCGGCAGUCGCCGCGUCGCUUCUGGGGGGAGGCGUACCCGACCGCGGCGCAGCUGGACGAUAUCGAGAAUCUGCCCGCCUUGACCCUCUACCACCGCAGCCAUGUGAUGCAGUUCAAGAUCACCGAACUGUGGCGCCAGGGACAGCGGACCUCUGAGCCCUCGUAUCGUCGUCUCGUCGACGAGCUCACCACGAUCCUCGACGAAAACAACACCCUCCUAACCACCGCCCAAACCGCCCCGACCGGCGACCGCAGCAACACCAACACCCACCUCCCACACCGCCGGAUCCUCGAAACCAUCUUCUGGGCCACCAUCACCUUCUACGGCACAAUCGUCUACUUCCAUCUGUGUUUCAAAGACACCAUCCCCCAAUCCCAAUUCCCCUACCACCACCAGCCAUCCGAUCUCCCCUCCCUCACGGACGCCGUCGAUCAGGUCCUCGCCCUCAGCCUGAACCUCCACCGCAGCCGCCCGCACUUGAUGGUCCGGAUCGUCUGGCCGUUGUUUAUCGCGGGCAUCGCCACCCCCGAUCGCAUCUACCAGGAUUGGGUCUCGAUGCGGCUGCAGGAGCUGGGCCGGUAUGGGUUGAAUUAUCGUCGCGUGAGUCAAAGGUUUGAUGAAAUUGUGAUUCAGGGGUGUGAUCCUUUCGGGUUGGGGUUGGGGCUGGGGAUGGGGAUGGGGAAUGUUGCGGCGGUGGAGGGGGAGGAGGGGGAGGAUGGUGGGUGGGAGGGGGCAGGAAUGGAGAUGGAGGUGCAGAUUGGUUGA